AAAACACAUGCACAAUAGCAAACAAGGAGAGCGGAACGGCGCAUGUAUGUUACUCCGACUUUGUAAAUAGCUGAUUAUCACGAACCGUUGUUAUGAUAAGAGACCAUUUGCUUAGUGCAAGAACGGUUGCAGCGCGAAGAUUCUGCAGUUUUUGCAAGGUGAAGAACAAGUGAUGAAUAAUGCUGUUGAAUUGCGUUUCAAACAGCUGCAUCAACAUGAAGACGAAUUUAAUAGCUGUUUGAUCUGUUUCUAGAUUUAUGUGUAUUUAUUAGAAGACCCCUUUUGCCACCUUAAAUACCAAGAGCAGCGCAAUGCAUAAGGCGAUAUUUUCGUUUUAGGCAAGGCGUCACUUUCCAACACAAUCCUCUAUCUAGACGCUUCAAAAAGUGCAGUGCUUCCAAUUUGAUAGACCGCAAAUGUGAAGAUUUUAUUUUCAUUUCUUUACUUCAUUGUCAUACGCGCAUUUCUUAAGCAAAAUGGAAAUCACGCAAAUGUGGAAAUUACAACCUGGCUAAUCAACAAUAUAUACAUUUUUGAAUUAAAAUAGAAGAUAUAAGAAGAUGUUUGGCCUUUUGAAAUCUGCUGUGCGCGUCAACGGAAUAUAGUUAAUCAGAACAUCUUAUGGGAGAAAAAGACGGAGACGCCGUCUACUCGACCCAUCUGCAAGAAAACAAAAGAUGAAAAAGAAGCAACAAAUGGUUCGUAAAGAUAUUGAUUUCUAUUUGGAGUCUCCGACGUAAAGAGGCGACGUGCGACGAUUUUUGGAAAAGAAGCGAGUCAUUCGGCAUUAAAUAUUAAUUCAAUUGUUUUGAAAUGAUGCUCUAAAAUCUUAAACACACAUGAUUUGUGCCCUCUUGUUAUUAAAUACUUCUAAUGGUAAAACCUGGAAAAAGAACGACCAAUAGAAUGCAUUGUUUGAAGAUAAGGAUCAUUAUUUUGUCAUUAUCAACAUUAUUCGAAUCUCUUGAGUCGGACUGAAAAAGAAAAAAACUUUGAAAAUUAAACACACAAGCAACUACAAAACAAUGCCGGAGUGCCGCGAUUCCUGGACCGUUACAACAUAUCAUUUUGAUGUCAAAAGUACUUUCAUUAACGGCUGCAGGCAUAGAGUAAUAGGUGCAAGCUUUUUUACAAGGUAUCAUUAUGCUACCCGCAGUUUCGCCCAGUUGAAUGCAGCGCUUCAGCAUGUAAAUUGACUUCAACCUUGUACCUAUUUCGGUUGCCUCUGGGACUAUAUAUUCUCCGAACCGGAAAUAUAUAUAUAUAUACAUCAUCUUUAAAAUGGAGUUUGCAAUGGUAGGUGCUGAAAGUGGCGGGUGCAACAGCCAUCUGCCUUACGGAUACGCACAGGCGCGUGCUAGGGAGCGCGAGCGCGAACGGGAGAGGCAGGUCCAGUCGCGUGCCGCAGCGGCAGCUGCUGAGGCUGCUGAAGCGCAAUGUUGUACCAGCCAUCACCCCAACAACCACCAGCUGCACCAGUCUCGCGCCGCCUCCUCGUGCCAUGCCAACAACACCAGCGGUAGUACCGCCUCGCGCCCCUCCUCUUCGCAACCGGCUCAGCCGCAGCAGCAGCACACGGAGCAACAGCAGACGGUCCUGAGAGGAAGGAAAAGGCAUCGCGGUGCCGAGCACCGAAGAAGGAACCGUCCUACUCUAGGCGGGGAUCUGCGUCACUCGGAGUUGGCGCUACUCGGAUCCGAGGAGGAAAUUAUGAUAGAGGAGGAGGAGGCUGGAGACGAGGGAGAAGAAGACGAGGACGGAGGCGGUGGUGGCGAGGAGACGAGUGGCAGGAGAAAAAGUUUUGUCUCUAAUAUGGAUGAUGAAGAAGAGACAUUUUCACUCACGGACAGACGCCCCCAGUCAGGCUACGAAAACGUUUACAGCGAGCACGCCUGCUGCGAAAGAGUCGUCAUUAAUGUGUCCGGUCUUAAGUUUGAAACACAGCUUAAGACUCUGACUCAGUUCCCGGACACACUGCUUGGGGACCCUGACAAACGCAUGCGGUACUUCGACCCCCUGAGGAACGAGUACUUUUUUGACAGGAAUCGACCGAGCUUCGAUGCAAUUCUUUAUUAUUACCAGUCCGGGGGGAGAUUAAAGAGACCCGCUAAUGUGCCCUUUGACAUAUUUUCAGAGGAGGUCAAGUUCUAUGAACUGGGAGAAGAAGCGAUUCUCAAGUUUAGGGAAGAUGAGGGCUUCGUAAAAGAAGAGGAAAAGCCUUUGCCUGAAGACGAGUUCAAGCGUCAAAUCUGGCUUCUCUUCGAAUACCCCGAAAGUUCAAGCCCCGCGAGAGGCAUUGCGGUCGUGUCUGUUUUGGUUAUUGUUAUAUCCAUUGUCAUCUUCUGUUUAGAAACUUUGCCCGAGUUCCGGGACGACAGAGAAUCCUUCAGCGGGGGUAAAAACUCAUCGCAUCCUGGCAGUGAUUUCACACCAUUCAACGAUCCCUUCUUCAUCGUGGAGACCGCGUGUAUCAUCUGGUUUUCUUUUGAGAUAAUCGUCAGGUUCUUCGCGAGCCCGAGCAAACCUGCCUUCUUUAAAAACAUCAUGAACACUAUAGACAUUGUAUCCAUCUUGCCUUACUUCAUUACCCUUGGCACUGAUCUUGCCCAACAGCAAGGCAACGGGCAGCCAGCGAUGACUUUCGCGAUUCUCAGAAUAAUUCGCCUGGUCAGGGUCUUUCGCAUCUUUAAGCUCUCUAGACAUUCAAAAGGUUUACAGAUCCUCGGUCACACUUUAAAAGCUAGUAUGAGGGAACUAGCGUUGUUGAUCUUCUUCCUUGUCAUCGGCGUUAUUUUGUUUUCCAGCGCCGUGUACUUCGCCGAAGCCGAUGAGCCGACGUCCCAGUUCACUAGCAUCCCAGACGCCUUUUGGUGGGCAGUUGUCACCAUGACCACUGUCGGAUACGGGGACAUGAAACCAAUAACAGUGGGUGGGAAAAUAGUGGGCUCACUUUGCGCUAUAGCGGGAGUAUUAACCAUCGCUUUGCCCGUCCCUGUCAUCGUUUCCAACUUUAAUUACUUCUAUCACAGAGAGACUGACAAUGACGACCAAACACCAGUGGUGCAAAACACGCUCCCCUGUCCCUAUUUCUCUGGAAACUUCUUCAAGAAAUUCAGGAGUUCAGUGUCUGCUUCUUCUAUUGGGGAUAAAGCAGAGUACAUGGAGAUGGAAGAAGCGGUGACACAGUCCUUAUGCACUUUGGACAAGCAAAGCCCGGAAAAAGGAAACGGUACAGAUAAUGUUCGAGGAAACAGCACGAAUCCCAAAUCGCUUCAAACCGAUGUAUGAUUACAGGGCUGCAUAAAGACAGUUUGGCCUUUAUUAGUCGCCUGUUACGAUUUAUGGUACAGCGUGCAGAGGGUACAAGUCUGAGUGAACAUUCAUACAUUGCAUUUAGAAAUCACACACAGCAAUGCUGCAUACAUCGAAGUGGUAUUUCCGUUAUAUGUUUAUUUAUUUGCGCUAAAAAUAAAACUAUAUUCCCGUCGCUUCGAACUUCCCUAGAGAAAGCAUUUCAGUUGAAACAUGCAACCGCAAGAUCACCAGCUUUAAGUAACAUAUCUUUAAAAACCACCAAAUUACUAUAAAAUAAAGUUACUCAUAGACAUAAUUGAUAUUUCCUAUGUAAACUUUAUUUUUUGAUGGCACUUUACACGGUUUACUUCUUUGGAAUUAGAUUAAUGGGAGACUUUUUUAGCACUGACGUAUAAUGCAACACUAAUAUAAUGGUUAGCAGGUUAAAUGCUUAGAUCAGAUGAUCGUCAGCAAAAAGGCGUGUUUGUAACUAAAUUAUAUUUACCCCUUUUUUAGACGGCAAAUUGCAAUGUUUAAGGCUCAUUGUAUUGUCCGUAAUUUGGAGAUUCAUUAAUAGAUAUUGUAACAAUUGUGUACGUUGUGAUUUACAAAGUGACAAAGAAUUUUUUAAUCCUGAUUUUAGUAAUCCUACGCUUCGACGUCUCCUAAAUUGUAAAUCUAUUACUGUUAGUAUGGUCAUUGAAACUGCGACGGUACCUGUCACUGUGAUCUGUGCCACAGAAAAUGAUUGGCUCUCGCUUCGAAAUGUUCAAUGUUAAUCGACUUUUCAUACACAUUCCUGAACGAUAUGGGCACAAGAUAGGAAAUGGGGUAGUUUAUUAGACGUCUAAGAAAUCCUCUUUUUAUACAGCUGCAUCAAAUUCACAAACAGCGGCUAUAGCAAGAACAAAGAUGUGCAUUUCGGCACCUCCUUAAAGCAUGAACUGGAUUAUAUAUUUGUACAUGGACUUUUCAUGCUUUGAAGGCAUGCACUGAAUUUCUGCAGUGAGCAACGAAUACAUGCUUGGCAUUGCAUAUGUAUUACCUGGAGCAAAAAUUGCAGACAUGCAAAAACUGCAGGGGCAAAGAAGAGCGAGAAGUUUGGACAAUUCAAAAGAAAACUUGUGGUUGCCCCUUUAACACCGCAAGAGAAUGUCAACAUUCCUCUUGAUGAAAUCUCACGGAAAUCUAAAAAUAUGUAUAAUUGAGUCUAUGAGUAUGUGGACGAUUUUUUUUUCUUCUUUUGAUCAACUGACUUCCUGUACAAACCCUCAGUGAAAGAACUUUUGGUCUUCCAGGAGAGCAGAUGCGGGAUACAGGAAUUAUAAAAAGUUUCAUGAAGUGCCGGUCCGGGAAGCAGGACAAACGCGGGACACAGCAACUCAACAUCACGUUGGAGGCCCUCGGAAAGGAAGGGGAACAGAGUUACUUUUCAGGGUUCAGCUGAUUGCCUUAAUGAUCAGAAACAUAAUGCAUGAUUGAGUCACCGUAAUUAGAGACCUACUGUAUCACAGACUCAUCUUUUUUCCUCAGAUGUGAUGCAGUGUGUUUUAAGGCAGAUAUUUUAAUACUUCAGAGAGAAUAGUGUGGUUGUCAAAUGUACUUUUGCUAUCAGCUUCAUUGUUACUGAACCAAACUAAAGAUUUCCGCCAUCUUUUGGUGGCAAACGGUUUUGUUUUAUUUUGUUAACCAAAUACCACUGACUUAAGUGGAGCUGCUGAAUGAAAAGUAUGUGUAUUUGUUUUUUAAUUUAUAUCCAUGAUUUUUUUUGGGUUACAUUUCACUAAAAAGGAAGGUUCUUCCAUGACUUUGCAUUGUGUACAGAUGAUCAGUGCUACACCUAUUUAAUUACUCAUAGGAACUUCUCCUGUUUUACGUGAGUUAGUGUGUGCGUGCAUUUGUGUGUGCAUGCGUGUGACUGAAUUUGUGUGUUCAGUGACGUUUACAGUGUUGUCAUGGGAAUAGCAAGGCAACGCAUGUGAUCACAGACACGCUCACAAACACGUAGACAUACUCACACACAAAACAAACACCUAUAAAACACAAAAAUAACAUUUCCAGUGUUUAGCACAGUGCUGAAUUUUGCAUUAAGAACAUUUAUCAUAUUAUAAAUCCCUGAAAAUAAUUAAUUUCUUUUAAUGAUAUAAUGGACAAAAUGGUUUGUUUACGUUUGAAUAAACCAUUUGCUAUAAUCUGAUAAACCCACAGAGUGAUUAUCAUUCCCGGCACCUGGUGGAACAAUCAUGUGUAGAACUUGAAUUUGAGUAUUCAAUGUCUGACAGAAAUGCAAUUGCAAAUUCAGAUACUGUAUACUAUUGCACACUGCAAUGUUCAACUUCAUAAAUAAUACUAACUGAGAUAACAUUCACACAUUUCUUCUCUUAAGCAGCUUUAGAGAAAAACUGCUUGGUCGUAAUACUGAAUCAGUGGAUGUCCUGUACACUUGGAAGAUAUGCUGUUGCCCUAUGCAUUUCACUUAGUUUAUCCAAUUAGAAUAAAUAAACAAUAAAACACUUAGAAAAAUAUGUGCCACCCCAACCCCCCCAAAAAUCUCACGGGCUUAAUAUAUUCUGGUGAAUAUAAAAAAGCCAUGUGUUGGAAGAUGUGUUUUGUGUACUAUUACAGUUAUACAAUAUAUAUAGUGCACUAGCUUAAGAAGGUAUUGUUGUAGAAAAGUAUUGUUCUCUAACAGUACGAGCUAAGACAAUUAUUUUGUGUCUUUAUCAAAGUUUCAAUGGCUAGUGAUUGAAAAUCAGUUAUUCUGACAAAGGAACUUAAAUAGGCAGAAUAAAUAAACAGUAAAUUCAACAUCAUUCUCCCUAAAAUAUGUUGUACUUGUGCACAUAAAAUGUUACGGUGAGGAUUGACCAUUGUCCUCUACAGUAAAAACCUUGCUAAAUGGAUUUUAUUUUAUAUUUUAGAAAGAAGUGGGGGAUUCGCCCCAAAAUAACCAAAGGCUACUAGAAAGUAAAAAAAAAACAAAAACAAAUGACUUGUUAUUUUCUUUAAGGAGAGACAGAACUGGAAAAAGUUACAAAUGUGUAGGAAAACCUUAUAUACAAAUAAAGUAAAGUCACUUGUGUUGAUGAGCAUAUGCACAAUGUAACUAAAUACUGUUAUGAUGAUACGAUGAAGGUGAUCCUUUCCAGUUACCACAAUCAUGUUACAGACAUUGCAAUAAGAGGAGAAGCAAAUGACCUCAACACUUAACCGCUUGUUGUGUCAUUGACUUACGAAUGAUAACGAUAGCGUGCUGAUGGGUACAGGUAACUCAAUGAAAGUGAUAUCAACCCAAAAUUAUUUAUUGUUAAAAAUCUGAAAAUGUUAGAUACCUGAAAACAUAUAGUUUUGUAUUACAGAGAGAUGUGUAAUAUUAAUAUUGUAUCCUUUCUGGUGUUCCAAAGUUCAGAGGGACACUGCCACCCUUCCUUUUUGCAUGAUUUAAUUUUAAGAGUGUCCAGAUCUAAGAUGUAUUUUUGUUAUUUAUUAGUAUGUUACCAUGUAUUUCCGGACACUAAUUUCCCUUACCUAUUUUCUUAUUUUUAUUAUUAUUUUUCUUUUGUAAAGCAGUCAUAAUUAGAUCGGAUUUUCUAUAUUCAUAUAAUUUUGUAGGCAGCAAUAUGAGAUGUGAUGGAAAAACAAGAAAACCACGUGCAAUGUUGAAUUAAAUCCGUAAAUAUAUUAAAGGAAAACUAAAACGUU